AUGGCGUUAAAGACCUGUUUGAAGGCCAACAUCCUGCUCAUCCUAACCGUCAUCUCUGCAGUGAUGGGCGUGACCAUCGGGUUGCUGUUUCGUCAGCUGCAUCUCUCCGGGGACACCAUCCUACUCAUCAGUCUCCCUGGGGAUAUAGUCAUGAGGAUGUUGAACAUGCUCAUACUUCCGCUGAUUGUUGCAAGCAUGAUCACAGGAAUCGCUAACAUGAACAGCAAGUCAUCGGGAAAGAUGGGCCUGUUCACUAUGGCCUACUAUAUUUCUACAACCGUCAUUGCAAUCUGUAUUGGCUUUGCUCUGGUGUUUAUUAUCAAGCCAGGAUUACAUGACACACUAACGUCAUCGGGCACGCAGUCUGAAGAGUUCCAUGCUCCUUCGGCAGUUGACAUGUUUCUUGAUCUCAUUAGAAAUCUGUUUCCAGACAAUAUUGUUAGAGCUGCAAUUCAAAGUUCACACACGGUAUACGUCAAGGAAGAUUUCAACAAUAUCAAGAAAGAAUCUCCUGAUGAAUAUGUGCUCCAGAAUGUAACCAACUCAACGUUUCUGGUAGAAUCUGAUGGGAGAAAUACUACAGAGCAAGGAAACCCCAUCUGGACACCUAAAACUGUCACCAGACCCGGAUUUAAUGUUCUGGGGAUGUUGCUAUAUUGUACAGUAUUUGGAGCAGUGCUUGGUAAACUAGGACCUAAAGGUCGGGUUGUCUUCAAGUUUCUUGUGGAACUGAAUGAGAUCACGAUGUGCAUUGUGCACCUCGUUAUGUGUGCUGCAACACUUCCGGUUACCAUCGACUGCUGUGAGAAGAACCUUAAGAUAGACAGGACUAUCAGUAGGUUUGUGCUACCUAUCGGUGCUACCGUCAACAUGGAUGGAGCUGCCAUCGUCCAAGUCGUCACUCCAGUUUAUAUAGCACAGAUGAGUGGAGUGCACCUGUCUGUACUUGACGUCUUGGCUCUUGGCGUGGCUGCCACCCUCACCAGCAUUGGGACCGCUGGUAUACCCAAUGCUGCUAUAGUAACCAUCAUGGUUUUUCUAGCCAAUAUGGGACUGCCAACGAACGAAAUCUCCAUCAUUUUUGCCAUGGAUUGGUUUCUCGGGCGAAUGAGGACUAUCACUAAUGUGAAUGGAGACUGUAUGGGCGCAGCUAUUCUCCAGCACUUCUUCCACCAGGACGGCAGCAAUGGUUCGGGAUAUGAAAAUAACCCACUCUCACAGGACGAGAUAGAGAUGGAGGAAGCUCUGUCACUUUAA